AUGGCGCACGCUCCAUACGGAUUUGAUUUCCUCGUCCGGAAUGUGGUUGGACGUCGAAUGUUCGUUCGACACCUACGUCGACGUUCGGCAACCCACCACGCGUCAGGUGUUCUCAGAGAGCAGAAUGGCGUUCGGUUCGUUCUGCCAACGCUAGGAAUAGUUAGCUCAGCACCGCUCAGCGUUCAAGUUGAUGAAGUUGUGGACGAAUCGAGAGAAGAAUCCCGGUUGGUCAACCCUCAUGAAAUGGAUCCAGUUUCGAAGGUGGCAAAGAAUAUCACCCCGGCUAUGCGCGCCAGGCAGUUCUCCUCGGGUACGUUCCACGUGAGCGGUGGUCUCCUCUUCUGCAGCAGCUGUAAUGUUCCAAUCGACGAUGUUCGCAAGGACUCCUGCAGCAAACAUAUUCUAUCGGGGUCGCAUCGGCGGAAGGUUGCCGGAAAAGAAGCCUCGAUCGUGAAGGAACGUAAGCUCCAGAGGGUAGUUUCCGAAGUGUUCGAAAAUCAGUCUACCCAGAAACAGCACCGAAAGAUGGAACUCCUGAGCCUUGUCAAAGAGUUUUGCAGCGCGAAUAUCCCACUCUACAAAUUGGACAAAUCAUCUCUGAAACUUUAUCUGGAACGCAACCUCAAGAACGUCGGGACGAUUCCGUCCGCUUCGUAUUACCUGCGCCAGAAAUACCUCCCGACCGUUUUCGAUGCCCAUAUGAAUGAGCUCAAAGAAAUUCUGAAGAAAUCAAGCUCGCUGGCGAUCGUCUGCGACGAGACGACUGAUGCUGAGGACCGGUAUGUUUUCAACAUUCUCGCUGUAGAUCGCCUGCAGGAGUCAACGAUGCAAGAUCAAAAUCGGCACAAAUUGCGAGCUCUGCUCCCGAAUUCCGUCGUCCUCGACUCUACGAAUUACAAGACCGUGAGCGAAGCUGUGAUUAGUGAGCUUUGCAAAUAUGAGGUCUCGUUCUCUAAGAUCAGCGCGUUCGUGACAGAUAACGCCGCCUACAUGCAUAAGGCGUGGAGCAACAGCUUGAAGGCGGUUUUCCUGAACGCCGUUCACGUAACGUGCACGGCCCAUUUGCUGAACCUUAUUUGUGAGAUAUGGCAGGACGAAUUCAAAGCUGUAAACAAAUUGGUAGUCGCAGUGAAGAAAGGAUUCACUGCGUGCCCUUCUCGAAAGGCUCGAUUCCUCCACUACUUGAUAGCUGAGGGGGGUCCCCUGGCUUUGCCGCCUGUGCCCGUCGUCACGCGAUGGAACACGUGGUUUGAAGCCGCGAUGUACCAUGUUCGCCAGUCGGACGACUACGCUGUCUUCGUUGAUGAAGAGGCUGAGUUUUCCUCCAGUUCGAUCGUCUCCAGCGUCAUCACUCUGAGUGGCUGUACUGAAGUCAAGUCCGAUCUCGAGUGCUUGAAGAUGUACGCUCCCCACCUGAUGGAAGUUCUCCGAAAAUCUGAGACCAGUGAGGUCAAGGCGCACGCUGUAGCGAAAGACCUCGACUUACUGACGCAAUGGCUCCGAGUAUCAGAAUCUUCGGAAACAAACUCGACUGGGAAAACGGCUUUACGCAGAUCUCACGAGAAACUACAGAGCUACAUCUCGGAAGGCUCUAGCGCUCGAUUCCGUCAACCAGCAGCCGGAUUCUUCAAGGCCUGCCAAGUUUUCGAUCCCGCCCACUCACGGAUCACCGAGAUUGAUGCAGAAUUCGUCUUCCGCAGCAUUCCGUGGUUUUAG